GAAUCCUUGACUGGGCCGUACGCUUGAGAGUUUGGGGUGUGCUUCAAAACUUAUCAAACACCACACAAUGGAAACCAUUGGCGAGAUCAUCCCGUUCGCUAAAGAGAUGCUAAACCAGAGGCCGAGCCGAGGCAUGCUGAAGAUCUACAUGCUGGGCUCAACUAUGGCGAUACUGGGAGUUGUUGGUGGACUGGUGGAAACUGUUUUCCUGCCAUUUGCAGAGCAAGAGACUGUUGAGGACGCACCGGCAGAGCUGAUCACGAAGAAGGAGAAGAAGCAGGUGUUAAAGUCACGCACCACCUCGGUUCGCCCCGAAGUUGUGGACGUGCUAAAUACGGUGAUGAUUGAGGCGAAGGCUAAACAUCUGGUGACUGCUGGGCAGAGGAGCUCUAACCGCUUAUAUGCUUCUUAAAGAAACCCCUCCCAUCCUGGUUUAAAUGGACCCGACACUUGCAAUGUUGAUGGUGAUGGUGGUGAAUUAAAACACCAUGUUGAACUGGUCACUUUGUUCUCAUUCUUGUAUUUCAGAUUAACUAGUAGAUACACUGAAAAGUGGAGGGUACAACAAUGUCUAGCUGCUGGGCAGCAGAUAUACCUUUGGAUGUGACUUGAUGAAUGUGUUGGGGAAAAAUGGAAUGUGUGUGAUUUAAUUCAUUUUGCACUUUAAUAAAGCUUUUUUUUCAGCUAGCAACUGAUUCAGGUCUUAUUUUAGAGUAAUAUAGCUCUUUGAACAUGUUGCAACUAGAGA